ACUGCUUUGGUGAAGUAGCAAACUUAACUUUGUCUGCUGUCCACUCUGCCCGCCAACUGCUUUUAUAUCGUCUCCGCUCCUCGUGCCAAUUCUUAGACUCAGCCUGGUCUGCUUCUAAUACAUUCAAUAGAACAAUAGACACGAUAGAGUGCUGUUGAUGAUUCACUCCCUGCGGUCAUUCAUCAGGACAAAGCAGUGCUACUAUCUGGCUACUACAGCAACAGUUGCAUCAUCAUUUCUCUUAUACAACUCGGCUGCACCUGCUUUUGGAUCCAAAUUCAGCUUUUCUCGAUAUUCUUCUUACAGCACAUCUACUCACGGUUCUUCAAUUGUCCCCGACAUGCUCACGAACCAACUCCCAUUCGGCGGAUCGUCCGGAAGUGGCUCGUCACCACCCUUCACCGUCCUCGCGUCAGCGCUGGAGAAGCCCGAGCUCGACAAUCGCAAAUACAAAGUGAUCAAGCUAUCUAACGAGCUCGAGGCACUGCUGAUCCAAGACCCCGAGACCGACAAGGCUUCAGCUGCUCUCGAUGUCAAAGUCGGCAGCUUCUCUGAUCCUGCUGACCUCCAAGGACUGGCUCACUUUUGCGAGCAUCUGCUCUUCAUGGGUAACGAGAAGUACCCGAAGGAGAACGAAUACAGCGAGUACCUGUCCUCUCAUUCCGGCCACUCGAACGCAUACACCGACACUUGCGAUACGAACUACUACUUUGAAGUCGGCCAUGAGCACUUGGAAGGUGCUCUUGAUCGGUUUGCCCAGUUCUUCAUCGCGCCUUUGUUUUUGGCUGACUGCAAGGACCGUGAGAUCCGCGCUGUCGACUCGGAGAACAAAAAGAAUCUCCAGUCUGAUAUGUGGCGUCUGCAUCAACUAGACAAAGCUCUUGCCAAUCCCGACCAUCCGUUCUCGAACUUCAGCACCGGAAACCUCGACACUCUAGAGGUCUGGCCGACCGCAAAGGGAAUAGAUGUCCGAGAUGAGUUACUCAAGUUCCAUGCAAAGUAUUACUCGGCAAAUGUGAUGAAGUUGGUAGUCCUGGGUCGGGAACCGCUGGACGUUCUCGAGCAGUGGACGAUUGAAAAGUUUUCUCCAGUCAAGAACAACAAUUCUUCGUAUCCCAAGUUUCCCGGCCAAGCGUUUACGGAGAAUGAGAUGCAAAAAGCCAUUUUUGCAAAGCCAGUUAUGGAUGAUCGUUCUAUGGAGCUGACGUUCUUGUUCCCGGACCAGCGUCCUUUCUACAAGAGCCAUCCCGCGCAGUACUUUUCUCAUCUCAUCGGACAUGAAGGUCAGGGAUCUAUUCUUCACUACUUGAAGAAGAAAUCCUGGGCGAAUUCACUUUCUGCCGGGUCAUACCAUAUCUGUGAUGGAUCCGAGGUAUUUUCUAUCUCGGUCGACAUGACAAAGGAAGGCCUGAAGGAGUAUGAAUCGAUUAUUGUUGCCAUUUUUCAGUAUUUGAAAUUGCUGCGAUCUACUCCUCCUCAGGAAUGGAUUUACGAAGAGUUGCGUGAUGUCGCUGCCUCUAAUUUCAGAUUCAGACAAAAGGCAUCUGCAUCGACUACGACCUCCAGACUUGCGGCAGUCAUGCAGCGACCUCUUCCUAGAGAAUGGUUGAUGAGCGGACCGGCUCUGUAUAGAGAGUUCGACGCUGAUCAGAUUGCGAAGUCUGUCGAAUACUUCACUCCUGAUGCCUUCCGAUUUGUGCUUACGAGCCAAGAGUUUCCCGGCGACUGGGACCAGAAGGAGAAAUGGUACGGAACUGAGUAUAAGGUGGAACCGCUCAGCUCUGAGUUGUUGAACAAGAUUAAAAACGCACCAGAGUCACCGGAGCUUCAUCUCCCGGGAAAGAACGAGUUCAUUGCGACCGACUUUUCGGUUGACAAAAAGGAGAUUGAGAAGCCUGCUAAGAAUCCUGUGUUGCUCCGCGAUGGAAAGGAUUUGAAGCUGUGGUACAAGAAAGAUGAUUCGUUCUGGGUUCCGAAAGCGAACGUGUACAUCAGCCUUAGAAACCCAAUCACUUGCGCGACUCCUGCCAAUCUAGUCAAGGGUAGACUCUUUAUGGAGUUGGUAAGCGACUCUUUGAAUGCAUAUGCGUAUGACGCUGCUAUCGCGGGACUCAGCUACAGCGUCGAAUUGGCUUGGGAUGGCAUAUCGAUCUCUGCCCAGGGAUUCAACCACAAGCUUCCGAUUCUGCUUGAGAAAGUGAUUGAGGAACUGAAAGAUUUCAAAGUCGAUCCUGAGCGGUUCAAAGUGUUUAGAGAACAACUCCAACAAGAGUACAAAAACACAAUGCUCCAGACGCCGUACCAGCAGAUUGGAUUCUACACUUCCUACCUUUUUUCGCAGACUGCGUUUUUGACGGAAGAGAAGCUCGCUGAGCUGGAGUCUGUUACUGCAGAGGACGUGCAGGUUUUUAUUCCUCAGGUCUUGCGGCAGUUUAACGCAGAGAUUCUUGUCCAUGGAAAUAUUCAGAAAGAGGAUGCGCUCAAUAUCGCGAAGCUUGUUGACGAGACGUUGACGCACAACCCUCUUCCUAUUUCUCUGGAUAUCCGACAGCGCUCGCUUGUUCUUCCCAAAGGAUCGAAAUUUGCGUAUAAGCGUCCAUUGGCGGAUGACAAAAACAUCAACUCGUGCAUUGAAUACUUCUGCCAAGUAUGCCCACUGAAAGAGCGCCGAAUCCGCACGACGCUGAGUGUGCUCGCGCAAAUCAUAAACGAGCCGGCGUUUAACCAGCUCCGAACUAAGGAGCAGCUCGGGUACGUUGUCUUUUCUGGAAUCCGGCUCACCAAGACGCUUGCCGGUUUGCGGGUUUUGAUUCAAUCGGAAAAGUCUACGGAGUACUUGGAGAGCCGGAUCGAUGCUUUCUUCGAUAAGGUGGGCGAUAUACUUAAGCAGAUGCCUGCGGACGAGUAUGAGAAGCAGGUGAAGAGUAUCAUCGCGAAGCGGAAGGAGAAGUUCAAGAACUUGAAUGAGGAGAGCAAUCAUUACUGGAACCAUAUCUCGAGCGGAUACUAUGACUUUUUCAGAGAUGACAUUGAUAUCGAGCUUCUUGGCGAGAUCAAGAAAGAAGAGGUCAUUGACUUGUUCUACAAGUACGUGCACAAAUCAUCCAAAGAACGCGCGGCAGCCAUCGUUCAGCUUCAAUCAGUCUGCGUGCCGCCGGUAGCCGAUCUGUCUACCCUCUUGAAAUCCAAGGUGACGGACAUGUGGAGCAAGUUUGAGCUUCCUGCGGACAAAACGCUCUCUGAGAAGGUAAUCGAGCAGGCUGCUAGCGACGCGGAUCCGGUUUCGGCACUCAAGGCCUCGUUUGAGAAACUGGGUUUGCUCGACGCCUGGACGAAGAAUGGGAUCGAGGAACAGAUUACGGAGCAGAUUAGACUAUCUGCGCCUAUGACUGCGGACGAGGAUGAGAAGGUUAUUACUGAUGUCUCUUUGUUCAGGUCUCAGCUUGAAGUCUCGCCCGCGUCUGCGCCUGUGAAUGAUCUUUCGAUGUUUAAAGAGCCGAGUGCUAAACUGUGAGAGACUAGUGGGGGUUUUAGGGCGGCGUGUAAGCUUAAGUCACUACUCUGAAUGGAUG